AUGGCUCGAUCUCUGAAAAGGGUGGAAAACUCGGGAAUGGCACCGUUCAUAUUCUUCAAAGAUCGUUUGGCCACUUUCAAAAAUUACGAAUACGACGAUGAUCAAACGGCGACUUGCACUUCGAAAACGCUUGCACGAGCAGGUUUCGUGUGGACAGGAGGAAUCUCGGCUAUCUGCCCAUUUUGCCUCAAAGAGCUUGAAUUCGAUCCGGACGAUGAUCCAUGGGAGGAACACAAAAAACGUGGAAAUGAUUGUGACUUUGUUAAUCUGGAAAAGCUCGAAGAUUCAAAGUUAACUCUUUCUGACUGCAUCAAACUCUCACAAAGUGGCAUUGUUAUGGCUCAAUUCAAGAAGCAAAACGUUAUUAUCGAGCAAUUGGAGGAGAAAAUGGCCGUAACAAACAUUUCAGCAACAGUCUCUGAAGUUCUGAAGGGCCCGAAAAAGCAGUCUACGUCAAAAUCUCGCCGUUCCAGAAAAAAGAAUCCAUAA